GUCAACUUGGAGCAAGUCAUGAAAGGAAAACGAGAUUCCCUACGUGUUUGGUUGGAAAAGAACUUGAACGCAAACAACAUUCGUGGAUUAGAAUGGAAGGAUCGUAAGAACAAGAUUUUUAAAAUUCGUUGGAAACAUGCAUCAAAACACGGCUGGUCAUCAGAAUUAGAUGGCUGUGUUUUCAGGGAAUGGGCAAUUUACUCUGGGAAAUUUAAACCUGGUGAAACUCCUCAAGAGCAGCCCAAAGUGUGGAAGGCAAACUUUAGGUGUGCAUUAAAUGCAUUACCAGACAUCCAGGAGAUCGUUUCAGAGCGUGAAACUCGUGGCAACGAAGCCCAAAAAGUUUUCCACAUGAGACCUCAUGUUUUAAAACAAGGAAGAAGAAAUCGCGCUAGCUCGCGAAUGAGAGAUGUUCCUGGAUAUCAAGGUAAAGCAAAUUAUCUUCAUUUUUGCAGUUUUAAUUUUCUACAUGCAGAAUUAUUUUCUAAAUUGGUUUUCAGUAAAGAAUAUUUUCCAUUAAAUGUUUUCCUUCUAUAUAUAUGCACAUCAUCAAAAUGCAGGCAUGUACUUAUAACACACCCGAAACACUAUUUAAACGCUGCUUUUCCUGUUUUUUAUUCACUAAUCAUGUCCAAAUUAAUUUAUUUGGCAAAUAUUAAGACAACAAUGCAGUUAAAGACAAAGUGUAUAUAGCUUCUUAUUUGUAAAUAUAUUUAACAAACUGUUUCUUUCCGCAUACAAUGUAGCCCGUAUUUCUUGGUAUAAUUAUAAUCAUAUGCUUAUAUACAGCCAUACAUGUACAAUACAUUUAUUGGAUAACACAGUGAAAAAAUAACAUUGCAAAACAGUCAACACUAAAGAUGCAGACGAAAUUACAGUUUUUAAACAAACAAAUCGAAAAGGAAACUAAUAUACUUCAAUGCCGCAUGUGAGGAAAACGUAAUGUCACUGACCAAUAUCGCGAGAACCAUGUAGUUCCUAUUUUUAUUGGGGGCUGCAUUGGCCAUAAGGCAUAGACCAUUUAUUGUAAUAAUCACGGUUAACUUAAGAAUCAUUAACGAUAAUAAUAUGAAAAAAUGACUACAGAAACGGCUAACCAAUGACAGUGUUAUACAACUGACAAGAUCCGGUUAUUAGCUAUAUUUAAGUGAAACAUGCAUGCAGGGAUUCCAUGCUUGAAGUUUGUUUCUUUACUUUCGAUAACUUACUCUCAUUACUCAGUAGGGAGUUGAAUACCUGUAUAUAAAAGUAUGUACAUUACCAACCACUUUGUACCAAAAAUUUCAAUUUCAUUGGACUUAAGACUGAAUUUAUCACUUUUAUAUAGAUAACAUUUUAUUGCAUGUGACGAAGACGAAAUCUAAGUAUUUAUACAUAUUUAUAGAUCAAAAUGCAAGAAUGGAAAACAUUCUGACCCAGCAAUUUAAUUCUGAUAACUGCCGAUUAUAAUCACCAUCUGUUACACGAUAGUGCUUGGUGAAACCUAGUGUACACAAACAUCGAAUCGAAAGGACCCUUAGCAUUAAUUUCGCUGUAUAAUUAUAAUUUCGUUUAAAAGGUGACAUAUAUCGUACGCAAUUUUUAUUGAUAAGCAUAAGAACGUAAAAAAACGUUUGGCGUUUUUGUUAUCUCGUACUCAUUAUAUUGGUGAUAACUGUUCUAAUUAUAUUAAUUAUCAUCAAUUUAGCUUCGACCUCCCACCUCAAAUAUAUUGAAGAACCCAAUAUGGUCCAAGUUGGCAAGGUAGAAUUUUACAUUGUCAUUGAUAAAAUUCACACCAGUAUAGUACUUUAUAGUACUAUCUGAAAUUGUUAGGAUAAAAUAAUCAGAUGCAGGUUUUUAAGAUAUCUCUCGUGUAACUUUUUUACCGUUUAGUUAUCAUUUAAUUAUCUUUGGAUCUUAAAUAUCAGUUAUUUCAUUAUUUCUGGAUGUAUUGUUUAAUAACUGUUUUUCAACGGUUUGAUUCUUCAUAUAUAUUAAUUAUAUAUAUGCAUGCACUAUAAAAUCGUUGUCGCGAUCUUAAAAUUCAUUGAAAUAUGAUAUGUAGUUCUUCCCAUUUCUUAUAUCAGAAUUAAAGACUCCAAUAACGGUUUAGUUUACUGUGUGUUAGCUUAAUUCAGUGCUAUACAUGGUCUUUAGUUUAUAACUGCAGCUAGUGCUUUGGUUCACGAAAUCGGAGACGUCUGAGAACUCAAUUAUACCAUAAACUGAUAGAGCAAAUAUAGCUUAGCUUACCCCAUAUUCUUCAUAUCUAUACGUUUGGUCUCACCAUAAAGCUUGUUUUAGACGUCGAAUUUCCGUCGAAUUUAUUCUCAUUGAAUUAAUUUAAUGGAAUAAUGCUGCUGAUUUUUUUCUUUGCGAAAAUUGGACGCUUUAUAUUCGGUUUGUAAUAUUCGAAGCGCACAUUAAGUGUGACGUUGUCGUGACAGGUGUUUAGUCGCAUAAUAUUGAUACAAAUUGACCCCAAAACUCCGUCGAAUAAAAUGAGAAAAAGUAAAUUCCACGAAUUAAAUUAGACCGAAAUUCUACGGUAAGUCUAGUUGACUCUGACAGUAGUCAUUAAUAAUUGUAAUGUACAUGGGAAAAUAAAACAAAAAUUAAAAGAUAUAACGAGAUAUAGCUAUAGUCACGUUAAUCAAUAGAUUUGUAAUAAUAAUCAAUAGAUUUGUAAUAAUAAUCAAUAGAUUUGUAAUAAUAAUCAAUAGAUUUGUAAUAAUAAUCAAUAGAUUUGUAAUAAUAAUCAAUAGAUUUGUAUUGCAGAGUGUGUGGACACAUCGUUCUUUUGCCAGACCUGUUUCUGAAAACCCUCCUCCGUUACUGCACAUAAGAAGUGAAUGCUGCUCUUCAAUCGAACGUCAGACAGGUAUGUUAUCAUUAUGGCUCUCAUUCAUCAACUUGUACCACUGCAGGAUCUCACUUGGGAACAAGGUUGCAUGCUCAUUCAUAUCCGCAAAACCCUAACCCUAUAUCUGUUAUGUGUAACACUUGGCCAGAAAUGAGCUAAUUUUAUUCUUGACAUUAAUCUGAAGAAGACUGAAAUUCAUCCUGCUAGAAACUAAAAAUGUUUUAGUUCAAUGCGGAAGUGAACGUUGUUGUAAUCGCGUCUUGUUCCGUCAACGUUUACAUUGGGCAUUGGUUUAGGGCAACCGAUGCAUGUUGCUUAAGCAGCUUAACACACUUAAUACACUUAAAGUAUAUUUUAAAAUUUAGUACAUAUGCAUGUACAUACAGGGGCGAAGCUAGCCCCUUUAAAUUCGGAGGGUGACUGGCAGAAUUGCCCUGCCAAAAUCAAUGAUGCCCUGCAGCAUGUAGUUUCCCUCGCAGACGUUCUUAUAGCUCUAACCCUCAAGAACGUCUGCGAGGGAGACUAUGCAGCAUGAAGCGCUAGCGCUAAUACAAUACAUCACUAAGCUAUGUGUAUAAUUGAACUGCCGAUGCCAAUAUGUACAUGCAUACGAACUGCUUAUUGUUUGCUAGCUGUAAUAAGUUACUUAAUAACUCUACAUUCUAUCAUUUAAAAUCUUUGAUUGUCCUGCCAAUCGAGAUGAUUCGUAUUUUGGGGGUUCCAACCCCCCCCCCCCCAUACCCACCUCAAGUUUCGCCCCUGAGUACAUAUUCCUUUACUGUAGAAAAGGCAGCAUUUUCAAGUUAUGUCAAAACCAUCAAAGAAAAUGAACCAGUUCUACCAGAACAUAAAAUAAUUGAUGUAAGUUGAAUAUGCGUAUCUCAUUUACAUCAUCUAUUAAUAUUCUAUUUUAUAUUCAUGUGUGUUAUAAGCCAAGAACAUGAUAUACUUCUUCUUAAGAACAUAGUUUUCUUAACAUUUAUAUUCAGUUGAUCGACUCUUGGUCCCAUGAACUAAAGGAACAACACGAUUCAAGGUUUUACAAUACUGCACAGAUGUCAAACCCAGGUUAGUGUCAAGUAGUUGUUUAGAAUAUAUUUCAUCAUGUGAUUUGUUUAGUAAUAUUUCAAAUCUGAUUAUGAGGACUGGACUAGAUUUCAAGUCCGCGCAACUGGAUCAAAAUGCGAGGAUUUGAGAUCUAGUCCAGUCCCAAUUGGAGGAUUUGAAAUGACAUGCAUCUCAUACGAAUAAAUCACUGCUUCAAGUUAAGUGAAUUAAUUUUGAUCCAGUCCAAGGACUGAAUUAAUUUUGAUCCAGUCCUAGGACUGUAACAAUAUACUUCACCAGGUUUCCAGUAUUAUCAUGUGAACAAAAUAAAGCAAUAUGGUUGACUAAUUUAUCAUGAAUUAUUAAUGAGUUUGAGAUGUAUGUAUAUAUCCUAAUUGCUGUACCAACAUUUUGCAUUGAAAUUUGAGAAAAAAACUUUGAUUGAUAUAUGCAUGAAUACUUGUAUACAUACAGUACAUAGAUCGAGCUAUAUUGCAAGUCAACUGAGAGCAUGAACUAUUCCUCAGGCAUCCCUGAUAGUGAUUUCUUCAAUCGUUCUAAAAUGCUUGAAAAGCUAUCACUAUACUGCUAUAAACUUCGCAAUUAAUAAAACGAAAUUUUAAUUUAUGAACUCUAUAAAGUUUAACCAUCUGGGUUAUACCAAUCCACGGACAAUUUUAGACAAUCACCAUCCAGUGGAUAGCACUAACCGGCAGCUGGCGAUUGCUUUAAAAUAGGGGUUCAUUAAUAUAUCUCAAACUCAUUAAUAAUGCAUGAGUAAAUUAGCCAACCAUAUUGCUUUAUUUUGCUCACAUGAUAAUACUGCAUACCUGAUGAAGUGUAUUGAUCCAGUCCUAGAACUGGAUCAAAAUUAAUUCAGUCCUUGAACUAGAUCAAAAGUAAUUCACCUUACGUUAAGUAGUGAUUUAUUCGUAUGAGAUGUCAUUUCAAAUCCUCCAAUUCGGACUGGACCAGAUUUCAAGUCCUAGAAUCAAAUUGUGCGGACUUGAAAUCUAGUCCAGUCCUCAUAGUCGGAUUUGAAAUAUUACAUCUUGUAUACGUGUGAUGACACAAUGAUUCAAUUUCCGAGCUCUCUUCAGGGGAAUAAAAAGUAGUCUAUAUAACUGGCCAUGUAAUGACGUUUUUCUUUUAAUCAGGUGGUUAUGUGGAAUCUUCGAUUGGUGUAUAUCAAAAUGCAAACUAUAGUGGUGGGCAGACCACUCGUAUUCCUGCAUCUCGUUAUUAUUUGACUUAUGACACUUCUGAUGAAUCAACACAAACAUGCUUUGAGUACGUCUCUCGUAUUUAAACGCUAGAUAAGCUGUAAUACUUUAACCUUCAUCUGUAAUCAUACUGUAUGCUGGAACUCAUGAAAAUAUUUGUACAUAAUACAUUACUCAAGAGAACUGUCUAGAUGUUAUCGUCCAUACAUGUAGUGUUCAUCCUUUAUGUGACGUCAUACAUAAGAGUAGAACGAUAUUAGGUAUAUAAGGUGAAGAUAUUAGAUACGAAGGAUCAAACGUCAUUGAUAUAAUAUGGUAUAAUAUGAUGAAAGGUUUGAUCCUUCAAGAGUGUUUGUGGGAUAUGAUCUGUUUGUUGGGGAAGAGGAAAAAACGUAAAAUGGAAAUUUAGUUUCAUUGGAUACUUGUACAGUAAUUUCUGAACUGAGAAUAAAGGUAGUACAAAUAGUAGUAAAAAGUGGUACAAAUUAUAAAGUUGAGUUGAAUUGCACUUAUUGCAUAACAUAUGUAGAACCAUAAAUAUGGUUGCAUUUCGUAUUUAUGUUUUACAAACGUCUAUGAAUAUUUAUAACAAUGAUUCCAGAGAAACUAUUUUCUAGAUCACCUGAUUAAAAUCUAAUUACUUGUUACUCUCAAGAAUUUUUGUAACUUUGCACAACAACAACAACAACAACAACAACAACAACAACAACAACAACAACAACAACAACAACAACAACUUUGCGCACCUAUAUUGCGUUUAAUAUCUGUUUCUUUUUACUUAUUUUUAUUCGUAUGUAGAAUAUGUAUACAAAGGUUAAAUAGUGUUUUUGUUACUUAUGGAUACAUAUAUACAGUAUAUACAUCAUAAUUAGAAGAAGCUACCAUGCAAUUAACUAUUCCUCGCACGAAAGUCUCGGUAAUAGGCAAUUCCAGCGUUCAUGCAGUGGAGGGUUGGAGGGUGGGAAGUAAGGUAUCAUAUUGCUGAUUAUGCUGAAAAAAAUAAAAAUGGUGGCCGUGUAAACACGGAGUGAUAGCUUAUACUUGUAAAUAUUGAAAUAUUUCGGAUGUUUCGGCAGUUUUUAUUGAAAUUUUCCAGCAUAGUCAGCAACAUGACACCUUACUUCCCGUCACCCCCUGCGUAAAUUAAAAACUGGAAUUGCACUCGCGUCUCUAUUCGCACACUCAUAUCGAAUGUAUAUUUAGAGUUUGUGAAUAGUGUACUUCAUCCAGAUUCAUUCAAACAAAGUUGUAAUACUGUCCUUGCGCAUGCAUUUCACAUUGAGGAGUGUUUGAUGAAGUGCGCGCCUCGGUGAAUAAAUCACAUAUCCCUUCGUUGCCUCAAACAUAUUACAUAUUAUAACUAAUAUUAUAUAAUAUUAUAUUAAUCACAUAAGUAUAUUUGGAUAUCUAUAUGUAAUUUUAUGCAGAUUUUCACUGCAACAAAGCCUUAAUUUUAUCCUUGCAUUGCAUACUGAGGUUGAUAAUUUUGUUGUUGAUAAUUUUGUUGUUGAUAAUUUUGAUAAUUUGGUUGAUAACCAUUAUUAUUGUAAUAUUGCUGAUAUUGUCCUGGGUUGUUAUAUCUGGGUGGUUGUUGUCGUGGUUUUGGGGCUGCCUUUGGCUUCGACUUUCUUCUUUGACUGCCAAGUUGUUGUUCAUGAAAUUUCAAACUACCUUGCGCCAACUUCUUCAAGUCCAGGACUAAAUAUCCGGGAUCUGAUCUCGAGGGAUUAAUCUGAUCAUAUUCCAUACCAUAAAUCAUGGUUGGUUGGUUUUCUGGAUAUCGAGAUGAACUUGAUCUUCCCCAUUUAUUCGCU